AUGGCUAAAAGGAAAAGAGAUCCAGCAUCUCCACCUCAACCACCACCUCAACAGUCUUCACCUCCUUUAAUACAUUCAUCAAAUUCAUCCCCUAUAGAUCCGAUCGAUCCUAUUACUUCUACUACUAAAAAACGUCAACGUCAACCUAUAUCGUGUAACCUUUGUCGUACCAUUAAACGGAAAUGUGAUGGGAAAAAUCCUUGUGGAAAUUGUAUUAAAAAGAAUCAAGAAUGUAUUUAUCCUGCUAUUGAUAAAAGAAGAAAUCGUUAUUCCACAGAAUAUAUCCAAUUAUUAGAAGAUGGGUAUAAUAAAUAUCGUGAAACUUUACAGUUUGUCAUUAAUAAUAAACAAAAUCCAAAUUUAAUCAUUAAUAAAUUAAAUGAAUUACCGAAUGAUUUACCCACUUUAUUAAUCGAAAGUACUAGUCAAGGGUCUAUAAAAGAUGAAAAAAGUAUCAGCUUCUCAGAUCCUCAACAACAAUCACUACAACCUCCUGCUCAAGUUCAACCAUUUCCUCUUAAUCAACAACAAUCUGUAAGUGUUUAUGGACCAAGUAGUAUCUACGAUGGAGCAUUAUUAAAUACUGAUUCUCAAAAUUCAAAUAGUUCACCUCCAGGUCCUCCAUCAAAUCCAUCAACUGGUUUAUCAAAUCCAAGUCCUACAAAUUAUCUCACUAAAAUUAAUUCAGCACCUCCACCAGUACCGUCAUCAUCAAAUGCUCCUGCCACCACGGCAUCUUCAAACAGUGCUCGGAAUACAUCAUCUCCACAAUCAAUUGGAGGUAAUUCACCUGCUUCAAAUCUAGCUCAAUUAAAUCCAUUAAGCCCCUCCGUAUUAACCUCGCCAAAAGUUCAAGAAUUAUUAUCUACAUCAUUCAAAUUCUUACAUGGAAGAUUCAUAACGUUUAUAAUGUAUGAAAAGAAAACUCAUGAUUUAUAUCAACAAUUAUGUCAAUUGAAUACUCCUAAUAAUCCUAACGUUUAUGAUAAAUUCAAUAAUCUAUUAUAUACAUACCCCAACAAUCAAUUCUUAUCCCCUGAAUUAAUCUACGCCUUAUGUUUAUUCGGAGCCACAGUGUUGAAUAGAGUCAAUGAAGCUAAUUAUUAUUAUGAUUUACUGAAAAGGUUAACAUUCUGUGAUAGUUAUAAUAUCGGCGGCGUAGGUAAUUCACCAUCAUCACCAUUAUCAUCAUCUUCAAGUGAAUCUCAAUCGAGCAAAAUCUCUUUCGGAACAUCUUCAUUCGCCAGAAUUCAAACAUUGGUGACUUUGGCCAUUCAUGAUUUAAGUAAGGGGAAUUUAACCACCGCUUGGCAAUUAACAGGGAUGGCAUUUCGAAUGGGGUCAGAUGUAGGGUUUGAUAAUUCAUUUAAGAUUGUUAAUGAUGAAGAUUUAUCAAAAUUAAAGAAUAAAUUAUAUUGGGGAUGUUAUAUUAUCGAUGCAUUUUUGGCCAUAAUUUAUGGGAGAAAUAAAAUGAUGUUUUAUCAACCUCAUUAUCCCGUAUUUAAAAAUGAUGUCAAUAAUCGAAAUUUAAGAAAAAUCAUUGAUGUAUUUGUGUUUUCUGAUUCUAUGUUUACCGUGAUUUAUCAUUCAAUACCAUACACCACUUUAGAAGAAUCGAAAAAGAAUUUCAUUGAGAAAUUUAAUAAAGUGAAGGAAUUCAAUCAACAAUUAUCUGAUUGGAAACAAAAUCUCGCUCCAGAAUCAUAUUGGAAUAUCGAAAUCAUAAGACAAUCAUCUCAAGGUGGACAGAAGGAUUUCGGACUUUCAUUGGUGUUUUUCGUAGUGAUCUUAAUUCUUAAUAAACCAUUCUUACAUAUUAGUCAGGGAAAUGAUUUGAAAUUAGUAAGGGAUUCUAUAAAUGAAUUUGAAUUGAUUUUAUCUCAAUUUCAAAAUUUCGAUAGUUAUCAAAGUAUCAUUGUCAUUUAUACAUUGAUUCUAAUGACUAAUUCUUUAUUUGCUAUUUUAAAUCAAGUUAAUGUGAAGGAAAGAUCGGUAUUGAUAAAUCAGUUGAAUUUCUUUGUUAGUUUUUUAAUUAACAAAUUCGAUUCAGAUACUUGGAUUAUCGUUAAGAAUCCAAUUCAAGUAUUAUCCGAGAGAUUAAGCAAAUUAUUAGAAUCAGAAAAGAAUAAUAAUAAACAACAAUCAAACUUACAAGUAUCUCAACAACCACAACAAUCAUCUCAAUUUCAACCUCCACCUCCUCAACCUCCACAAACACAAGUUCAAUUCCAACAUGAGUAUUAUGAAUCAAAACCUUCUCCAUAUGAUAAAAGAUCACCUACUACUCCUAUACUUGAAAAUUUAGUUCAUGGUCAUACUCCUAAACCUCAGAAUUCUCCUUAUAAUCAACUUCCACCUCCUCAAGAAGAAGAAAUCCAGAAUUAUCAACAACAACAGCCACAACUUCAACCACAACCACCUCGAGAUGAUGAACCCUUUAAGAAUAUGAUUGAUUCGUUGUUUAAUCAACAUGGUAAUGAACGUAAUUUCGGUACUGGAGAAUUCAUGAACGAUAAUAAUCAAUUUAAUCAUUAUAAUAAUUUCAAUAAUGUUAAUAAUAAUCAAUUUGAUAUGUUUGCCCAACCACCAUCUCAACCCCAACCACAACCACAACCAGCAGCAACAACUUCAACCAGUAAAAGACUGAGCAAGAGUAGGAAAAAGAGCAGCAGUCUUAAAAACCAACACCCAGAGGCACAAGAAUCAUCAUCAUCAUCAUCAAAUCCCCAACCGACAAAUCCUGAUGGUAGUAAUCCACCGCCACCCAAGAAACAAAAUAAAAGAACCAUAUCGAUCAAUCCAUUAAAUGAUACUGAUAUGUUUAAUAAUUUCUUAAAUUUUGAAUAUUUGGAUAUCAAUUGGGACAGUUAUUUCCCUCAGUUUCCUCAAUAA